GGGCCGAGCAGACGCUAGCGCCGCGGGCCUGCUGCCGGGCCCGCCGAGGGCCGGGUAGGCUGGGACCGGGUCGCGGCGGCGGCGCGCGGCCCGAGAGAAGGCUGCGCGUCCGGCCGGGUGGAGGGCUUCCGCGGGGCCUAGGACGCGGGAAGGUUUUCAACGACACACCUGCGGCUUUGCUGACUUAACGGGCCAAAGCCAAGGAGCUCGGUGCCUGAGGGUCGUGGACCCCGCACCUGCCCCGACCGGCCCGAGCCUGACCCCAUGCAGCCGCCGCGCCCAGCUCAGACACUCCAGGGCUGGCGGCCGAGCCAGAGACACCUGCACGGGGCCCAGCGUCCGUGAAGACCGCAUGGGGAUUCCAGGGAAGUGAGGCUUUGUCCCCGGGACCUGGUUCCCCGUCGCUCUGUGUCCCUUCUUGUCCCCACAGUGAUGCACCAUGCCAAUCGUCGAUAAAUUGAAGGAAGCCCUGAAACCCGGCCGCAAGGACUCGGCCGACGAUGCAGAGCUGGGGAGGCUCCUGGCCGCCUCUGCCAAGAAGGUCCUUCUGCAGAGGAUUGAGUUCGAGCCUGCCAGCAAGAGUUUCUCCUACCAGCUGGAGUCCUUAAAGAGCAAAUAUGUCUUGCUGAACCCUAAGACGGAGGGGGCCAGUCGCCCCAGGAGUGGAGAGGAGCCGCAGGCCGGGAGACAGGGCAGCCAGCAUGCGCACGAGAGCUGUGGGGACGGCGUCCCCGCCCCGCAGAAGGUGCUCUUCCCCACCGAGCGGCUGUCUCUGAAGUGGGAGCGGGUUUACCGUGUGGGGGCGGGGCUGCACAACCUCGGCAACACGUGCUUCCUGAACUCGACCGUCCAGUGCUUGACCUACACCCCGCCUCUGGCCAACUACCUGCUCUCCAAGGAGCACAGUCGCAACUGUCACCAGGGCAGCUUCUGCAUGCUGUGCGUCAUGCAGAACCACAUCGUGCAGGCCUUCGCCAACAGCGGCAACGCCAUCAAGCCCGUCUCCUUCAUCCGAGACCUGAAAAAGAUUGCCCGUCACUUCCGCUUUGGGAACCAGGAGGACGCGCACGAGUUCCUGCGGUACACCAUCGACGCCAUGCAGAGGGCCUGUCUGAACGGCUGUGCCAAGUUGGAUCGUCAAACGCAGGCGACCACUCUGGUCCAUCAGAUUUUUGGGGGCUCUCUCCGAUCGCGGGUGAAGUGCUCAGUGUGCAAGAGCGUCUCGGACACGUACGACCCGUACUUGGACGUGGCGCUGGAGAUCCGGCAAGCCGCGAACAUCGUGCGCGCCCUAGAGCUGUUUGUGAAGCCAGAUGUCCUGAGCGGGGAGAACGCCUACAUGUGUGCAAAAUGCAAGAAGAAGGUUCCGGCCAGCAAGCGCUUCACCAUCCACAGGACCUCCAACGUCUUGACUCUGUCCCUCAAGCGCUUCGCCAACUUCAGCGGGGGGAAGAUCACGAAGGACAUCGGCUACCCGGAGUUCCUGAACAUCCGUCCGUACAUGUCGCAGAGCAGCGGCGAGCCUGUCACGUACGGGCUGUACGCGGUGCUGGUGCACUCCGGCUACAGCUGCCACGCGGGCCACUACUACUGCUACGUGAAGGCGAGCAACGGGCAGUGGUUCCAGAUGAACGACUCCGUGGUCCAUUCCAGCAACAUCAAGGUGGUUCUGAACCAGCAGGCCUACCUGCUCUUCUACCUGCGAAUCCCGGCCUCGAAGAAGAGUCCCGAGGGCCGCCUCCCCAGGGCGGGGCCGUGCGCCGCGGGCCGGGCAGCUGCCGCGGACCUCCCCACGAAGCGUGUUGGCAACGGGGCCCUCUGCUCCCCGCUGACUGCGCAGCGGCCGGACCCGGCGGACCUCGGCAUGCCCGUUCCCAGGAGCGGCUCCGUGCUGGGCCUGAAGCCUCAGAACGGAUACGGUCCUCCAAAGCCACCCUUGGGGUCCCCUUCGCUCCGACUCUCCAAAACGCCCCCCAGCAUGCCAUCCAUCCUGGAUGAGCCCGGGAAGAAAGUCAAGAAGGCGUCUCCCCUGCUGUUCAUGUCCCCGUCACGCAGAGCUGCUCAGGGGCCCCACGGUGUCAGCGCUGAGAGCGGCGGCAGCGGGGACAGCCACAGGCCCGGCUCCUGGGACGGCAGGGCCGCCACCCCCUCUACCUCACCCAGGCUCCCGGCCAGAGGGACUGCCAACGGGCCCGCGGCGGGCGGCGUGAGUCCCGAGCCUGACAGGAAGGGUGCUGGCGGCCCCAGCCCGGAGCCCGCUGCCAGCGGCGACGUCACCAGGACCCCCCCGACGCCCAAGAGCAAAGCCGCCCCCUUGGGUGAGCCUCAGGGAGCAAACCCCAGCGCGCUGCCGGACGGAGAGGACGCCAAGGCGGCCAAGCCCAAGGCCCCCGUCCUGAGCAGCACGGCCACCGAGACCGCGAACAUCAUGUCUCCUCCCCCGGCCAAGAAACUGGCCCUUUCUGCCAAGAAGGCCAGCACCCUGCGGAGGGCAGCCGGCAAUGACCUCCGUCCGCCCCUCUCACCAUUGUCCGACCUCACCUACCCCAGGAAAACCACUCACCCGGUCGCCGCCUCCGCCUGGCCUGUCGGCGCCGUCAGACCAGCCAGCCGUCCGAAGCUCCCCGCCGGCCCCUGCUCCGCGUCUCUGUCCAGUAGCCCCCGGCCCCUUGGGACGUCAGAUCCACCGAGCUGCUCCUCCACGUCUGCCCCCCUGCCUCAGGUCAACGGGGGCUCCCGGGCCCCUUCACACCAGCUGCCGGAGGCCAGCAAGCCCCCCCAGAGCCUCUGUAAGAAGAGAAAGAAGAUCCGCAGGGGAGAGACCCAGGGGCAGGGCUCAGAGACGUGUGCUGCCGAGGCGGCGCCUCCCGGGAGGAGGCGGAAAAAGAGGAGGAAGCGCACGGAGGCCCCGGACGCCUCCCCGCGGCAGGAGGGCCAGGGGCAGGGGCCGAGCAGGAAGGAGGGCCGGGCAGAGGUGCCUGUCGACAGCCUGGAGGAGGAGGACGGCCGGCAGCAGCAGAACGGCCAGUGCCUGGCGGACGGCCACCCCACAAGCAGCAGGAAGAGGAGACGGAAGGGAGCGGAGGGCCUCGGGGCCGAAGACUGCGUCCGGCAGGCCCCGCCGUGGCACAGGAGCAGCUCCCUCUCGGACGUCACCGGGUCAGAGGCCAGUACAGCGUCUCCACGGAAAAAGAAAAAGAGAAAAAGACAGCAGGAGUCACCACAGGGAGUACAGGAGAACGAGCAGCCCGGGGCCUGCAGGGGCGAGGGGCGGAGGGGCCCCGCCGUCCCUGGGAGCCAGGCCUCACCGGCCGUGAACGGCAGGCGUCCCGGGGACCCAGCAGGGCAGGCGCAGACCCCCCUGGUGUCCCAGGGCCGCGACGGGGAGGCCGACGUGCUCCGGGAGCUGCUGGAGUUCUCCUCGGACAAGGCCUACGGGAGGAGAGUGUUGACCUGGGACGGCGCGGAGUCGGCCGUCAGUCGGGACGCCAUCCAGGACAGCGUGUGGGCCCGCGCGGCCACGGUGGUCGACGCCUGGGACCGGGAGCUGGAUCGAGGGAGGGAGAAGAAGGUGAAGAGAUUCAAGAGAGAGAGAAAAAGAAACUUCAACGCCUUCCAGAAACUUCAGAGUAGACGGAACUUUUGGUCUGUGACUCACCCGGCUAAGGCCACCAGCCUCAGCUACCGCCGCUGAGUGCGCUGCUGUCGAGAUGCUUCCGGAGACCAGCACCGCGAGCCGCUGCAGGAGGCCGGCCCACAGGGGCCCCGGGCUGCCUUGGACGGGGGCGUGUGGGGUCACAGCACACACGUGACAGAGCGUGAAGCGUGCAUACAGCAGGCGGCGGGACGCCAGGCCGGCGACGCACGAGGUCCGCGGGGACAGUGCGGAUGGAUCACGGCCAGGCCCUGCUGCUGGUGGCCGUUGCCGCCGUCUGGUCCCGGCCUCCCGGUCUGCGCGGGGCGGGGGCCCUGUCUCUGCCUUACGUGUCCCCUCGGAGGGUAAGCCCAGGGCAGCCCGUGCAAGAGACUCGGGGCGGCGCGGGAGAGCAGGGGCCUCCAGCGGAUGCGCCGACGCCUGUGCCCGUGCGGCUGUUUGCCCUGAGGUGGCUUCGCCGGUCCUUCCCCCGCAGCGGCAGCAGCCCGCGGGCCCUCGUCCAGGUGGUGGUCUUGGGGUAGACCCUCCUUUCCAUUCCUACUGAACGGCAGACUUCCGUCCGCCCGGGUCGGCGGUGCCCUUAGCAAUCCACUUCCUCCCCCGGUUCGCGGCCCGGGCCGCGGCUGCUUGCGCCCGUGAGCGCUUCAGAACUUCCACGAUUGUACAACUCGAGAAGGUCGCUUUCUUGUCUUGCCCAAGCUGUGCCUGCGAACUUGUGACUCAAUAAACCUGGGAAACCCGCA